AUGGCGCCCUCGGUUCUCACCUCCCAAGGGAGCCCGUCGAUCCCCGUACCCGCAAAGCCACCACAACCCACUCCAGAAACGUCCCAGGAGGCUACUUUGCCCACGGUCUCACUUUCCGAAGAAAACAUCGCCCUUAAGCAGCGCCUUGCUCAGUCUGAACUAGCCAAGAAGCACCUUGUCGAACAAGUCGCAGAUGGGGAGCAAAGAGUCAGGGAUGCUGCGAAGCGUGCCACCGCUGCCGAGACCGAGACGAAAGCAGCAAAGGCACGCGCCCAAAACCGCUAUACAGAGAAGGUGCACGCCAAUAACGAGAACCGUCACCUGAAGACAGAGAUCGAUAGGAAGGAAAAAGAGCGUGCGGACUUCUUUGUUGGUGUUAAGAGCAUUCUUCAGGGUCGCGACGAGAUGAUAGCUAAGCGCGACGAGAUGAUAGCUAAGCGCGACGAGACGAUAGCUAAGCUCGAGAAAGAAAAGGCUAGUGGAGAAUGGUCCAAAGAACUCACGGAAAAGCUCACAAAGCAGGUAGAUGUCUUUGAACAGGCCUACCUCGCAUCUCAACGUGAUAUAGAGAAGGAGAAACGUGAGAAAGAGGAGGAUAAAAAGGUGUCUGAUAAGAUCAUUGGCCAGCUCAAAUCCGACAGAGACACGCAGGGCAACGUCAACAAGAACCUGAAAAGCGUGAUCGCACAAUUGCAACAAGACAUCGCCACGGAAAAAGAGAAAUCGAAAGCCGCAGCCGCAGCGCCGACCAUGGACCAGGCUCGCAUCGCUGCUGCCAAGGCUGAUGGGUUCAAAGAAGCCACCAUAGCAAAGCAGAGGAAGAACGCUGAGUACCGAAAGACAAUAGAAGAAAAGGCGACCGCACAUGUCGCAUGGAUGAAGAAGGACAUCGAGACGAAAGCGCAAGAGCACGUACAGAAGAAAGAGACUGAAUGGCGUUCAGAGCAGACUAGUCUCAAACAGAAGGCUUCUGCAGCUGAAGCUGCGCUGAGUGCUGCCAAAAAGCAGCUUGCUAUUGCCCAGCAACAACCACUAGCAGCACCAGCAGCAUCGCGCCCUCUACUAAACGAUGCUCAGAGGCUUCCCAAACGGAGCCAGCCGACUUCUUCACAGGGCGCGUUGGAAUCUAACAAGCGAAGGAGGCUUAACGAAGCUGGUGCUUCCGGUAUCACUACACCAGACUUCAAGCGUACGCACUCGAACUCGCUUCCCUCCGAUACCAAUGCCAUGAGUCCUUUAUCAACCGGAUGGCCGAACGGCGAUACUAUCAUGGGCGACACACAAAUGCGGAGGCAAGCUCGACAUGUCGCACCGAAUGGCAUGCAUGGACGAAGCUCGUCACAGCAGUCAACUGGCUCAGCAGGGCAGAUGGCACCCGCCCGACGUCCUUCGCAACAGCCUGGUGCCAUGAUGGCCGCCCCUCCAGGACGCACAUCCGGCAACAUGUCACCCCAGCAGCAGCGACACUUGAUGCAGAGCUUGGCUGCGGGUAACGCCGGCAGUCAAUCACCUAGAUUUCCUCAACAUAACUUAGGCCUGAUGCGCACAUCUCCGCAGGUCGGUCGACAGAUGGGAAGUGGUCAGCAUAUGACCAACCAGACCGGAAACAUGAACUCGUACGACGGGGACUUGUUUCAACAGAUGCAGCGGUCCGCUCAGUCGCAAAUACAGUCACAGAUGUCGACACCGGCGCAAGGGUCUAUGAGACGUACACCUUCGUACGGCUCAGCUUCUUCUGUGGCCCCGCCUCAACCUCACGUCACGCAACACUCUUCGAACCAAUCUGCACCCGUCACUGGGCAAAACUGGAAUAUGAGGCAGAACUUUGAGCAACAGAACAUAUCGACAAAUGGUACGAGCCAGGAAGUAAUGGGGAACUACACUCCCACUAUGGAACAGUUGGAUGCGAAUUUUGCCUUCGACGUUGACGCACUGCUGGGAGAUGGUGGUUCUCAGCAAAACCUCGGAGACACAUUCGAGUGCAGCGAUUGGUUUCCCACAGAAGACAAUACUGCUCAGACGAACUUCAACUCGACUCUCCCUUCGAACGGAACGCCUCCGAUGACCCAAGCCGACUUCCAGCAGCCUCAACAACGCAGCUACCAACCACAUUCCCGCAAUCACUCACAACAGUACGAGGGUGGUUCAAGAGACAUGUCUAACGGGCCCGGGAGCUUCCAGAAUGAGCCCGCCACGAACAUGAGCAGGAACGGUUCACGCCAGCCUUCUGUUUCGGGACGAGCGACUCGAGCUUCUUCCCGCUCAACACCUGGACCGUCUGGACCUUCUGGACGAUCGAGACGCAAGACGCCAGGUCCGGCGGAGCCGACUCGAGUCCCAUGUGUGAACUGCUACCGUCACUGGUGGGAAGGCGAAUGCGACGAAGGCCAGCCAUGCGCAAACUGUGUUGCAUCAGGAACAAAAUGUGUGCGGCAGAAAUGCAUCAACUAUGCUGCCGGCACUUGCGACAAGGGCAACAAGUGUCCAAACGUACACGAAGGAGACGAGCGUUACCAGAACGAGGAGUUCCUUGUAGCCCAGACCAAGGCGGGCAAGCGGCCUUCACGUUUGGGUACGAGGGCGGAAGCGAAGCCGGCGCCGACCCAGGAUUAG